AUGCGGUUACGGGGGAUCAACAUGCUCGCACCAUUCCUUUUCUUCGGCAUGUUUAUGUCAACAGAUGGUCAGUUGGCUGCAAUGACAAUUGAUCUUGGGACUCAGUUUCUCAAAAUCGGAAUCGUGAAACCUGGUAUUCCUAUGGACAUUGCCCUUAACACCGAGUCGCGGAGAAAAACUCCAAAUGUUGUGAUGAUCCAAGAUGGUCACAGAACGUUUGCCGAUGCUGCCAUCGGUAUGCAAGUCCGCUAUCCUCAUCUUGUACACGGAAACUUGAAUGACUUGAUUGCCAAGUCUUUCCAACAUCCGUCAUUUGAGCUUUUUAAAAAUAGAAAUCCCUUCUAUGAAAUUGAUGACUCGCCUAGAAACGCGUCUUCUGUUAACUUUAAGCUCGGAGGAGAGAGCUACUCUGUUGAAGCUCUGACUGCUAUGGUUCUUGCUAACGCGAAGAAGUUCACUGAAGAGUAUGCUCAAGUUUCUGAAAUCAAGGAUGUGGUCAUCACUGUUCCAGUCUACUUCACCCCAGUGGAGAGAUUAGCAUUGGAACGAGCCGCUCAAAUGGCUGGAUUCAAUGUUCUUCAACUGAUCAAUGAUGGGACAGCGGCUGCAUUAAGUCAUGGCAUCUUCAGAAGAAAGGAUAUUACAGAAAAGCCUCAAAGACUGAUGGUUUACGAUAUGGGCGCUGCGAAGACCACAGCUACUAUUGUCGAGUUCAAAUUGGUCAAAGAAAAAUAUGAGAAGCAGCCGAAGAUGACGGUUUUGGGAGUGGGAUACGACAGAACGUUGGGAGGUAUUGAGAUGACAAACCGGUUGAGAGAUCACCUUAUCGAGAUGUUUGAGAAGACUUAUAAACCAAAAACUAAAGUCAACACCAACAGAAGAGCGUUCGCCAAAUUCGCCAAGGAGGCAGAACGUUUAAAACAAGUUUUGUCUGCGAACGCUGAACAUUUUGCUCAAAUUGAGAGUGCUCAUGAAGACAUUGAUGCGAAACUGAAGAUGACCCGUGAAGAAUUCAAUCGCCUCAUUGAAGACAUGACACCAAGAUUUGGGGAACCAAUUGAGCAAGCACUGCGAAUGGCUCAGAUUCCAAUCGAAGAUAUUGAUCAAUUUGUUUUGAUGGGAGCAGGAACGAGAGUGCCAAAAGUACAAGAAGUUGUUCAGAAAACUAUUGGAACGAAGGAAAUCGGAAAGUUCUUGAACACUGAUGAAGCCGUUGCAAUGGGUUCCCUUUUCCAAGCUGCUCACCUCAGCAAAGGGUUUAAGGUCAAGCCUUUCAAUGUGGAGGAAAAAUUAAUCUUCCCAGUGGAGGUUCAUUUCGUGAGCAAGGUCAAGGACGAGAAAACGGAGGAGAUUGUGGGCGAGAAAAACGUAGUUAAGACUCUUUUUGCUGCAAACUCUGUUUAUCCAACCAAUCCGAAAACCAUAUCGCUAACUUCAUAUUCGGAUGACUUCGCGAUCGCUUUGAAGUACGGGGCAGUGGAGAGUCUGACGAAGAAGCAAUUGCAAGAGGUUGGAAAUCUACUCGAUAAUCUGAUCGAUGUAGAAAUCAGUGGUUUGAGUGAUGCGUUGAAAAAUAGAUCAAGCGAGGAAUCCGAAUUCAAAGGAGUCAAGGUCAGCUUCUUGAUCGACGCUUCUGGAAUUGUGAGAGUUCGACGAGCAGAAGCUAUGUUUGAAGCUAAGUCUGGAAUCGUAGGAUCGAUAACCAGCACACUCACUGGACUAUUCUCUUCGAAAACAGAGGAAGGAGAACCAACUACAGAUGAAGCAACUGCUACCGGCUCAAACGAAGAAAAGAUUGAAGAAAGAGAAGCACCAAAGGCUGAGGAGACUACGCCACAACCAGAACCUUCUGCUACUCCCUCUACAGAAGAAUCUCCAAAGGCGAAUGGCACCGAUGAGACCACAACUUCAGGAAACACGACAGACGUGAAACCAAAGAAGAAGGAACUCCCACCAAUUGUUCGUCUCCGAAUCAUCAACAAGUAUCCAUCGGCCUACGUUCCGAAUCGUUACGAUGUCGAUGAGGAAAAAAGAAGAAUGGUGGCUUUUUCUGAAAAAGAGCGGCUGGCAGAUGAAAGAGCUGCUGCCGAAAAUGAGUUGGAAUCGUUCAGUUUCGAGUGUUCUCAAUACUUGGAGGAGAGUGAAUUCACUGACUUUACAACGGAGGAAGAAAAAUCAAAGUUGGAAGAAUCGGUGAAAAGAAUUCGUCUAUGGCUUGAAGAUGAUGUGACAAAAGAAACGCCUACUAAAGAGUUCACGGAUAACUUGCUCGAGCUGAAGAAUGUCGUAAGGACAGUGAAGAAAAGACAAGAGCACGACAAAACUAUACCCGAGAAAAUGAAGAGUUUAGAUACUCUUCUGGAAACAACUUUAUCCCUAACCACUUUGGGUAAUAACGUUGAUGAAGAGAAAGCAUUGUUCAAGAAGGAAGAUCGCGAUGGCUUGAAAACAAAACUAGAUAAAUUGAAGGUUUGGGUGGAAGGUGUACGAAAACACUUAGAUACAAAGAAGAAGUUUGAUGAUUUCAACUUCACUGGCAAAGAUAUCGAUUCAAAAAUUAGAAGCUUGAAUCGUGAAGUAGAUCGAUUCAUGAAGAAAAUGAAGAAAAUUACAACACUUGAUGAGCUUAACAAAGACGGGAAGAUCAACAUUGACGAUAUUGUUGCUGAAGCCGAAAAGAAAGCUUCCUCGGAAGAAAAUACUGAAACAAAGGAUAAGACCAAGGAGCCGGAAACGGGAGCUGAAUCCGAGAUGAAAACCGAGCUUUAA